AUGAACGAAUUGACACAAUCUUCUAAAAAUAAUAAUUUAAACCCAUCUUUUCCAUAUUUAGUUGCAUCUGAAUUUAAUUAUAAUACUAAAACUAAUUUUACGAAACAAGUUCAAUGGUCUCCUGAUGGAACAUGUCUUUUAAGUUCUUCUAAUGACAAUAUUAUGCGAACUUUUAUUGUUCCAAAUAAUGUAUUAGAACGAAAAGAAGUUUCUAAAUUAACUUGCUGUUCUUUUAUUCGGUCUGCUGAAUCAGUUUAUUCUUAUCUUUGGCAUCCUAAAAUGAUAUUAAAUGAUGUUAAUUCUUGUUGUUAUUUGGUUUCUGUACGUGAUCAUCCUAUCCAUUUAUAUAACGCUUUAUUUUCGACGCUAAUAGCUUCUUAUCCUCUUAUAAAUCAUUGUGAAAGAUUUGUUGCACCUAAUUCUUUAAUAUUUUCUUUAGACGGAACCAGGUUUAUUGCAGGCGCUAAUAAUAUGUUGUCUAUACAUGCUUUAAAUAUGUAUGGUUAUGGACCUAUAUCUAUUUUUCGUACUACAUCUACAAGGUGCUCUAAAUUUUCUUUGUCCCUUCCUGUUCAGAAAGGUAUUAUUUCUUCGCUUUGUCUUAAUAGCCAUAGACUUCUUGCUGCUGGAACAUUUAAUGCUACCGUUGGUAUAUAUUCUAAUGAAGGUGAUGGUGAUAUUAUUUCUUUUUUUGGCGUUGGUGAUGGUGGUGUGACUCAAGUUUUAUGGCUAGAUGAUUAUAAAUUACUUGUAGUUUCACGUAAAUCUGAAAAAAUGAGUAUAUGGGACAUUCGAACAUUUUCUUGUAUUAAAACUCUGGGUCCACGUUUUGCUAUGACUCAGCAAAGAAUGACUGUAGAUGUUUGGAAAAAAUAUAUUAUAGCUGGAAAUAUAGAUGGUAUUAUUAGAAUAUGGAAUGAUGAUAAAAUAUUUUUUGAAUGGAAAGCGUAUAAUGAUGUUGUAAAUUCAUCUGUUGUGCAUCCAUCUUAUCCAUUGGUUGCGACUUGUUCAGGUUCGAGAAAAUAUAACAAAAAAUAUCUUAAAUAUGUUGAUAAUAAAAUUUUUUACAAUUAUGAUAAUAGCAUUAAAUUAUGGGAUUUGUCUAGAAAUACUAAGAGUUGUUUAAUAUAG